AUGAAUUUAAUACAAAAAUUUAUUUUAUUUUUAUUUAUUUUUAAUUCAAAAAUUAAUUGCUUUAAUAAAUUUACUAAACCAAAAAAUUUAAAUAAAAUAAAUAAUCUUCCCGGUUUAGAAUCUGAAAUUAAUUUUAACCAUUAUUCUGGUUAUUUACAAGUCUCAAAUUAUCAUUUUUUACAUUACUGGUUUGUUGAAUCACAAAAUGAUCCAGAAAAUGAUCCAAUUAUUUUUUGGUUUAAUGGAGGGCCAGGCUGUUCCUCUAUGGAUGGAUUACUUAAAGAAAUGGGCCCUUAUUUAGUUAAUCCAGAUGGGCGUUCUUUAAGAUUAAAUAAAUAUUCUUGGAAUAAAAAUGCUUCUGUUGUUUAUAUUGAAUCUCCAGUAGGUGUUGGGUAUUCUUAUUCUGAAGCUUGGUCUUUAAUUGAAAUUGAUGAUGAACAGACAGCCAAAGAAAAUUAUGAAGCACUUAAACAAUUCUUCGAAAUAUACCCCUCAUUUAGAAAUAAUUAUUUAUUUAUAAGCGGUGAGUCUUAUGCCGGUGUCUAUGUUCCUUCACUUUGUGCUUUAAUUGUUGAUGGACAAAAAGAAUAUCCACUUAAAUUAACUGGAAUGAUGAUUGGAAAUGGGUAUAUGAAUUCUAGAUUAGACAUUGAUACAACUAUUAAAUUUGCAUAUGCACACGGGUUAGUUGAUGAAAAAUUAUGGCAAUUAAUGAGAGAAGAAUGUUGUAAUGGAUGUUUUGAUGGAUGUGAUUUAAGUAUGAUGUCUAAUUAUUUUUGUCAAAAUAAGGUCGAAGAAAUUUUUGAAUUUGUUUGGCUAGGUGGAUUGAAUCCUUAUGAUUUAUAUAGAGAUUGUGAUGCAUUCUCUCCUUUAAAUUCACAAAAAAUGCAAGCACUAAGACGUGGUCUACUUCCGACAAAAAUAAAUGAAAGAAUUGUAGCGAAAAGUAUUAUGAACCGUAAUACUCGAAGUGCUCGGUUUAUUAAUAAUGAUUUAAAUAAUGUAACAGAAGUCAUUUCUAAUGUUGCUACAGAUCCAGGAAUUCCUUGUUUAGAUGGUAGGUUAAAUUGA